AUGGGUGUACGAGGAUUGACAACAUACUUAGAAAGUGAUCCACGAAAUUUUAUUGAUUAUCAAUUACAUAAUACCACUGUUGUUAUUGAUGCAUUGAAUUUUUUGAACUUUCUUUAUUUCGAUUCGGAAUUGUAUACUCAAUUUAAUGGAGAAUAUUUAGCAUUCAGCGGGGUAAUUAAUCGUUUCAUCAAUUCAUUAAAACGAUGUGGCAUAAAUCCUAUAUUUGUUUUUGAUGGAUGUCACGAACAUUUCAAAUUAAAUACCCAAGUGAAACGAAGUCAUCAACGAAUGCAAACUUGUCGAACAUUGUUAAAUCAUGUUAAAAAUCAUAAUUUACCACCUACUAAUACUUCAUACUAUGUUGAAUUACUACCACCAUUGACAACGGUGACAUUAGUUCAAGCAUUGAAUACAUUAAAUAUCGAUUAUGUUACUUCUGAUGGUGAAGCUGAUCAAGAUGUAAUCAGUUUGGGCAUCUAUUUACACUGUCCAGUAAUUAGUAAUGAUUCAGAUUUUUAUGUGACUAUACCAAGUAAUAAAGUGGGUGUAUGCUUUCUACCAUUAUCAUUAAUGUCAUUUGAACCGAUUAUUAAUACAAUUAAAUGUAAUGCUUGUCAUAAACACAAUAAAAUAUGCGCUUAUUUAAAGUGUCAACAAUUUCUUACAAAUGGACCAGGUUUAAAAAAUCUACCAGAUGUUCAACGUCCAUUGUUUGCAAGUUUACUUGGUAAUGAUUAUGUAAAGUCGAGUACAUUUUUAAAAGCUUUACCUAUAUCACAAGGCAAAACAAUGUGUCUUAAUAGAAAUGCUACUAAAAGUAUGAAAAUGAAACGUCGUAAAUUAAUCAUCAUGAAUUUAAUUCAAUGGUUAUCUAAUUUUGGCUUAGAUAUUAAUAAACCAAUUAAAUGUAUAUUAGAUAAAUAUCCAAAAUUUGAACGUUCAAAAUUGCGCAUUGAAUUAAUACAAAGUUUACAGAGUUAUAGAACAGAUCCAGAAUUAUUAUAUACAACUUUUGCUAAACAUUUAAAAUCUUUAAAAGCUAAUAAUACAACUCCUAUUAAUACUAGUUGUCUUUGUGAAAAUGACAAGCAUGUUAUUGAAUUUGACACAUGUAAUAGUAUUAGUAGUAGCAGUAGUAGUAAUAGUUGUAGUAGUAGUAGUAGUAGUAGUAGUAGUAAUACAAUGAAUUCUAAAACAAUCCUACAACAAUUAUCAUCAUGUUCUUCUGAAUAUGACAGUGAUAUCAAUGAGAAUCAAGUAUUGAAUAUUGAACAUGAUGAAAGUAAACAUGCUGUUGUUGAGCAUAAUGAUCAUGACGAUGAUGAUGAUGAUGGUUGUUUAAUUGGUGCAGCUUCUAAAUCUUAUACUAAUGAAUAUAUGUAUACUAAUUCAUUCAAAGUAACAUCUUAUUGGCCUGAUGAAUUAUUGAAUUCAUUUCGAAAUUAUUUAAUACUUCCAAUAUUUGUUGAUAGUAUUCUAUCAUAUGGUUCAGUAUGGAUAUGCAGUUUGGAAGCUUUACACGAUUGUCGUUCCAUUCACUCAAAUGCAAUUCAUCUUCGAUCAUUAAUUUAUAAUCUUAUCUUAGGCAUUGAAUCCAGUGUGACAUUUCGUUAUCCGAAUCAAUUGAUUGGUUUACAAAAAUUUAAUAAAACAUCAUAUUAUAUCAUAGAAUUUGAUCGUAAAGGUAGUUUUCACAUAAAUCGUCGAAAAGUAUCAGUGAAACCAAUGAAAUUAUCAUCAUUAAUAAAUUAUGAAAUGAAUGCGCUGAAAGAUCGUCGGUUAUUAUUUCUUUUAGAAUAUUUCAAUCUUGAUGUAUAUCAUUUCAUAGAAUCCGAUAAUAAUAUUAAUAAUAAUAAUUGGUUAAUCGUUGUAGCUUUAAUUAAUGUAUUAACUUUUCAAAGUAAGCGUAUACCAUUGCAUACUGAUCAUGUUGAUGAUAUUACACAAUGUCCUAUUUCACUUACUUUUGGUGCUAUUUGUAUAUGUGCAUAUUUGCUGAUUAGUCAUUAUAAUUAUUCUGGUUUAUCCUAUUGUAAACCAUUAAAUAAACAUUUUUAUCAAUGUGCAAAUUAUUUUAUCAAACAAUUCAAUUUAACACCGAUUAUUUCUAAAACAAGCAAAAAUCUUAAUACAAUACAAGAUCAACAUACAUUGAAAAUACACAGUGUACAUUAUUUUGCUCAAUUACAAAUUUUCUAUAUCACUAUAUCAACAUUAAUUCAUUUGUUAGAUUCUUUAGUAACAAAUGAAGAAAGAGAAAAACUACCGACAUGUUUAAAUUUACCGCCAAUUUGUUCAAUAUUUCCAAGUGGUUAUCUUUUUCAUGAAAUUUAUUAUUGCAUAAAUUUAAUUCAAUCAAAUAAUAAUGAACGUUAUCAAUAUGUACGUAAUGUAAUCAUUGAGAAAUUGAUGAAUUAUCAAAAUAACAACAGUAAACAUUUAAAUGAUGCUUUGAAUUUAUUUGAUCGUUAUUUGGAAAUUAGCUCUAUCCAAUCGACUAAAUCAUUUAUGAAACGUUCAAUCAAGAUUAAGUCAGUAGAAUCAAAUUUUGUUGACAAAUUAGAACAGUCACAAGAUAAUGCUGUUAUGGAACAGAAUUUAUUACCAAUGCCAACGGAGAAAAGUGUAGCACAAGUGAUGAAAAGGAAAGUUAACAAAAAGCAUAAACCGAAAAAGCAUUUCAAGCAACCAUCAUUCGCUGAAAUAGAAGAUAGAGUUGCGAAAUUAAUGUUAGAAAAUGGUUUAUGUGAUUGAAGAUGAAAACAAUAUUUUUUUUUAUCAUUUGUUAAAAUAUUCUCUAUCCAUUUUGUACACUGCUGAAAAUGCUGUAAAAAUUUUGUGUUAUGAGAAAAUAUUACAUUUAUUGAAGAA